AUGGCUUCGACUGAUGGGUGUUGGUGUGGCUCCACGUGUAACCAUUGUAGCUGGGGUAGGCAGGAUAUGGACGGUGGGGAUGCUCGGGUAUCUCUGCAGCUUGACCAGGGUCUUAUGAUGGAGCAAAGCAUGGUUGUUGCUACCCAAAGACUGGAAAACCAACCAAAGGUUUCAAAAUUGGUGGCAUAUGGUCCUAUACCUUUAGCGGAAAUAGGCCAACCAACUGCAAAUCUAAGAGCCAUUUCAGUUUGUCUAAGAAAUAUGGGACUGGUUCAGAAGAACUCUCCGGAGGCCAAUAUCAAUACUUUCAUGCAGCCCUCAACCUUUUACAUCCUGAAGCUACUCAGCGAUGCAGGAAUUCAUCCAAAUGGAUCAUUUUACAGUGCAAGUGCAGUUUAUAGUGCCAUACAAUCAAAAGUUACAUACAUGCCAGGAAUAGCGUGGAACGAAGACAAAGCAGGUAACAAGCAACUUUACCAGAUCAUCAUUAUGUGUGGAGACACUGCUGGAACUAAAAUCGUUGACUGCCUCGGCCUCUCAUCACACGGGAAGUGCUCUGAAAAAAUCAAGUUCCCUUCCUUCUAA